AGCAUCAGCAGUAGCGUCAGCAGUAACGUCAGCAGUAGCAUCAGCAGUAACGUCAGCAGUAACGUCAGCAGUAACGUCAGCAGUAACAUCAGCAGUAGCAUCAGCAGUAGCGUCAGCAGUAGCGUCAGCAGUAGCGUCAGCAGUAGCGUCAGCAGUAACGUCAGCAGUAGCGUCAGCAGUAACAUCAGCAGUAGCGUCAGCAGUAACGUCAGCAGUAACGUCAGCAGUAGCAUCAGCAGUAGCGUCAGCAGUAGCGUCAGCAGUAACAUCAGCAGUAGCGUCAGCAGUAACGUCAGCAGUAACGUCAGCAGUAACAUCA